UUCGUGCCCUAGAAAACCAUCCCUCCCUCGCUCCCGUCGUCUCUUUCCCCCCCCUUCGCCGCAAAAGAGGAUGCACCCGAUUCGCCGCCCGACCUCCGCCGCCGCCCGGCCGUCGCCGCUCUCCCGCCGGAUUUCCCGCUCGCCGAUGCUUCCGUCGCCGUCCGUCCUGUGACCGGGCCGAGCCGAGCCGAGCCUCUCCCGCUGGUUGGAUCGCCGUGCGGAUCUAUGGUGCUAGGGUUUCCGGAGGGCGGUGAUGGACGCGGUGGAGCUGCCUUAUCCGGUUGACGUUGCGGCGGCUGCGGUGUCUAAGCUCAUGGGGUCGGAUGGGUUCGUCGGUAGAGCUGGCGUUGGUGGGGGCGUUGUGGCGGUCAAGAAGGUCGAGCCUCGCGGCGGGGGCGAUUCGGACCGCGUGGUUGGGAUCCCCGUGAUCAGGCCGUGCAGCGCGAUCGAUGACAAGAAAGAUGUGGCAACUCCUGCAAAUGCUUUGGACAUGCCUUCCCAGCAUAGAAGUACAGAAGCUGAAAAUCAUAGGCAUAAUCAUCUACUGCCAGAUUUGCAUAGUAAAGAUGUAUCUCAAGAUCGUCCCAGGACUGAUGUGAAUUUUGUUCGUAGCCCUGGUUCUGAAGAUGGUCGAUUGCCUUGGAAAGCAGGGAAAGUUCCAAGGAGCAGUAAUACAUGCUCCAAGAGAGCACGAAGCACUCAAGUGGAAGAUGCUUCAGCAAUUAUUUUAGCUGAUGAAGUUAAGGGACUCACAGACAAAUCCUUGACAAGAAAUGGCUCUUUAGAGAAAAGUCAUUCGGGGAAAUCGAGGACUAUUGGCAAUAAACGGGGUGAUAGAAGAAAUGGCAAAGCCCCUGUGAAGAAUAGAUAUGAUGCUUUCAUGAUGAGGCCUUGUUCUUCAAGUUCCACGGUCUCUCCGGGAGGAAGCAAUUUUCUAGGGUUCUAUGGUCUGAAGUCAGAUAAUCGUGAUAUUACAAAGCUUGUGGAUGACCUGUCAUUGAUCGACAUCCUUGGGGGUACAUGCAAAUGCCCUAGUUUAGGCAAAGAGAAAGGGAAGAAAUCAGCUAAUGCGGAUGAUAAAUUAACUCAAUCAGUUAGAAAGGCAUGCUCUGUGCUUGAGCCCCUGAGACGAGGCCAAUCCCAAAAUCUUGCUGAGGUGGACAUUUGCGAAGACAAGAAAAUAUCCUCUGUGUUAAGCUCCACAUCCCUUGCAGAAAGUGGUGCCGAGGGUGAUUACAGGGACAUGUACUCGGUUGACCCCUCUUCAUCCAAUGAGGGCCUCUGUGGGAAGCCAGAGACCUCUGUGGAUCCUCUUGAUUUGCCACUUUAUAGUCCGAAAGACCUAUGGGAGAAAUUGUCACUUCCUCCACCUAAAGAUUUGGACUCCUUGCUCCUGGAUGCUGCAAAACCUGCUUUAUCUUCAAAGAGCAUGUCUGAUCUACGUUCAGGCAAGCAAAUAGUUCGCCGAGGUUGCUUGCCGCCUUUUCCAUGGUCACAUGCCUUUACUGGACAUUCUCGGAAUAAUUCUGAUGCCGCUAAAUUGUCCAUUAGUAGGAGUACUUGCCAGGGCAGAUGGGUAAGGGUAGCGAGUCCUGUGAUUUUGGCUGCAAAUUCAGCUGAUUGUUACACAGACUUGGACUCUAUCACCUAUAACGAGAGCCUGGUUCCCUCUGUAAAAAGAAAAGCAGGGGUUUUGGGAAGUAAAAUUACUUCUCAAAAAUGUGUUGGCAUUCCGCCAUGGGACUGGUCGUCAUCUUCUUCUGCAACUUGCUCUUUUCCCUCCAACCCAACUCUGGCACCAUGUGGAGUUGAGACGGAGAAUGAGACUCAUGAGAGCCGUUGCCCAAGUCUUUUAGCUGCUGCACGAACCUUGUGUGGUAUUGCAAGCAAAGAAGCUGGGAGGUCUUCACUGAACUGGUCAAGAAAGCCUCUACAGAAGGCACUCAAGCCUCGGAAGUUGAAGUCGAGCAAAAAUUGUGAGGACCUUGUGACACCAAAAUCAGAGACCAAAGAUGUCACCAAUAAUUUGGACCAAAUACUAUCAACGAAGAAGCCUAAGCUCUCCAACAUGGACAUCUGCUUUACUAAACCUCCAAUGAGUUGGUCUACCCCGAGAUCGAGCAGAUCAUCACCAAGCAGAUCAGUCAGGGACUUUGUUGCUGAAACUAGACAUUCCGUGAGUAGCAUCUCAAAGCAAUCGAGCAUGUUGCCACCAGCGGCACGGGUUUUUGAUAAGGCUUGCGACAGCCAUCAGAAGCCCAAAACCUCCAUACCGUUGCAUUGGAGCAGAGGCAGGGAUGGUCUACACUGACGCCCUCUACACUCCCAUAAGGUCCAAUUUGAACUGUAUUUACUGUUUGAAGAUUGGGGGGAACGGACAGAUUUUGUACAUAAUGUAUUGUCGAAACUGGGAAACAGUCGAAACAGAAGAUGCUCCCCCUCUAGGAUGCGGAAGCGGGUAAUGUUGUAACUUGUAACAAUUAUUAGGUUUCGCAAAACAAGUUUAGCAUACUGAGAGGAAUUGUUUGCCGCCCUAUGUAAAGCAUUUCAAGCGGCAGUUGAAUUCUUACUCUUCUCUACCCACCAGCUCCUCUGUGACGGAUUGCUGCUUCAAUUUCUAUUUCAA